GCGAGGGCUGCCGGGAGCGUGGUCGGCGCGGGCAGGGACGGGGCGGGGCGGGGCGGCGGCUGGCGCGGCCGGGCGCGGGGCAGGCGCGUGCCCCGUUGCUGAGGUGACUGGGCGGAAGCGGCCGCCGCGCCGCGCGCCAUUUUCAAACCGCCGGUCCGGCGGGGGGCUGCGGAGCGGGGGAGCUAGCCCAGGUGACCUGUUUUUCUUGAGUGCAAGAAAGCAAGUUUGAGGUGUGUUUGCAAUGACCACAGCUGCAGAGCGAAAGUUCAUUAAUCUCAGGAAACGUCUAGAUCAACUGGGCUAUCGGCAACCGUUGGGAGUGGAGAGCUUACCUCUGGUGGAAAAGCUUUUUAGUGACCUUGUCCAUACAACAGAGAGCCUGCGCAGUGCAAAGUUAUCUGCUGGAAAGAUUGAAAAAGAAUGCAGCAAUUAUGAUGCUAUUUUGGAACCUUAUAAAACAGAGAAUGCUAAACUUACCAGGGAAAAUAAUGAACUCCAUUUAGAAAUACUAAAGUUGAAAGAGCAAUCGGAUCGUCAUGUUAAAGAUUUGAAAGCUACCUUAAGGAAGGUUGAACAUGAAACAUCUGACUUGAAAUUUCUGAAUAACCAGUACCUGCAUAAAAUUAAAAUGCUGGAAAAAGAAAACAAAGCCAAGACUGAAAAAAUUCAACAGCUUCAGGAGAAGAAUUUACAAGCAGUGGUGCAAACACCAGGUGGCAGAAAAAGAAGCAUUCCAUUCAGACGUCAACGCAUGCAGAUAGACCAACCUGUCCCCCCAUCAGGUAUUAGUGCCUAUCCAGUUCCUCAGCCAGAGGACCCUUAUAUUGCAGACCUUCUUCAGGUGGCUGAUAAUCGAAUUCAUGAACUUCAGUCAGAAGUAACAGAACUACAGGAAAAAUUGGAGAUAUCUGAACGUGGAAUGAAAAAUUAUAGCAAACAGGUUGAGCUAAGAGAUAAAGAAAUAGAGCGUCUAGUGCUAGCAUUGGAUGGCGGUCGCUCUCAUGAUGUUAUAUCUCUGGAAUCAAGGAGUAAAAGUAAUGAGAAGCUUAUUGCCCAUUUAAAUUUACAGGUUGAGUAUCUUCAGCAAACAAAGAAAGAGCUUGAAAAUCGCAUUCAAGAUCUGUUGGACACUAAACAAAAUGUGACUAGUGAAGUAGUGCAACUAAGCAAUAAAAACGAAGAACUGUGUCAAGAACUAAAUGAAAUAGACCACUUGGCACAGGAGUUGGAAAGACACAAGGAGAUUGUGCUUGAGACUGCAGAUAAGGAAAUAGGAGAAGCAAAGAAAGAAAUUGAAAGAAAACACAGUGAAAUACAGGAUCUUGAAGAAACAAUAGCAAGACUGAAGUCAGAGUUGUGUUCAUGUCGUAGAGAGAAAGAAAGACUGAGUGAAGAACUCUUUGGAAAAUCAGAUGAUAAAGAGAAUCUUGAACUAUUGUUAAACCAGCUUGAACAAGAGAAACAAAGACUGUCUGAAAAAGUAGGGAACUUAGAAAUAAAAGAACGAGAACUUGUCCUAGAAACAGAAAAAAUAAGAUUAGGAUAUGGUAUAGCCCUAGGAGACAAAUCUCCAUCUCGUCUAGAUGCGUUUGUAAAGACUUUAGAAGAUGAUAGAGAUUAUUAUAAGCGAGAACUAGAAUAUCUUCAGAAAAUGAUAAAACGAAGGUCUAGCCCAAGCCGUAGGACUCCAGAAAAGAGUGAAGAUCUUAGAUUGGUCACCAGAGAAAGAGAUGAGCUACAGUCCAUGUUAGACAGAUUUGAAAAACACAUGACAGAAAUUCAAUCCAAUGUGAAAUUAUUGACUGCAGAAAGAGACAGAUUAAAUGUUCUUUAUGAGCAGUCUCAAGGUGAAUUAAACAGAUUAAGAAGAGAAGCAAAACACAAUUUACUUUCUCAAAGUCAUGUGGAAGAGGAAAGAGAUAUCGCAGUGACUGACUUCAGAAGACUAAUGGCAGAAAAAGAAAGCCUAAGAGAAAAAUUAAAGAUUCAGCAAGAAGCAGCUAACCUUGAAAAAUCAAAGAUGCAGCAUGAUAUUUCAGAGCUGGAAAAUAAUAUUCAAGGGUUUGAGAUGGAAAGAUGUGAACUAAUGACUACAAUCUCUGUUCUGAAAGAAAGAAUAAAUUCUUUGGAAAAUGAAUUAAAAAUGAAGUCCAGUAAACUUGCCCAGACAUCAGAUGAUUCUUCUCAGUUUAAAGCUGAGCUUUGCUCACUUCAGCUCUUAAAUGAACAACUCCAGAGGUCUGUUGAAGAUUUACAGCACCGGUUGUCUCUCAAAAAGGAUGAACUGCAGUCAGCUCAAGAAGGAAUUGCAAAGCUAGAGGAGAAAAUAGACAGGUUAAACCAGAGGAGCACCUCACAGGAUGAGACAGUCAGUGUGCUUAGAAGUACUAUUACUGUUUUGGAUAAAGAAAAGGACAGUCUUCAAGAAACUGUAGAUGAAAAAACGGAAAGAAUUGCAUGCUUAGAUGACAACUUAGCUAAUAAGGAAAAAACAAUUACUCGUUUACGACUAACUCUGUCGGAGUUGGAGUCCUCAACCGACCAGCUGAAGGACAUGCUGAGCAACAGAGACCGCGAAAUAACUAGUCUACGUCGCCAGCUUGAUGCAUCCCACAUAGAGCUUGCGGAAACAGGACGAGUAAAGGAAAUAGCUCUGACAGAAAACAGACGGUUACAAGAUGACUUAGCUACAAUGACCAGAGAAAACCAGGCUGUCAGUAUGGAACUGGAAAAUGCAAUAUGUGAAAAAGAAGAGAUGAAGACUAGAGUUCAUAAUUAUAUAACUGAAGUUUCCAGAUUUGAAAGCUUGAUGGCCUCAAAGGAAAAAGAAAAUCAAGAUUUGUUAGAGAAGUUCCGAAUGCUCCAUACACAAGCUGAAGACUGGGAAAUCAAGGCUCAUCAAGCUGAAGGAGAAAGCAGCUCGAUACGGCUUGAACUCCUUUCUGUAGAUACAGACCGGAGACAUCUUCGAGAGAGAGUAGAACUUCUGGAAAAAGAGAUUCAAGAGCAUAUUGUUGCACAUCAAGCAUAUGAAUCUCAGAUCUCCUCUAUUACAAAAAAUAUGUCCAAACUGGAAGAGGACCUUAAACGUGAAAAUCAGGAAAAGUCUUCUGUGUUGGCUGACCUGACUUCUGUGAGAGAACUGUGUGUGAAACUUGAGUCUAGCAAAGACCUUUUAUCUCGGCAGCUGACAUCCAAAAGCAUGGAUUAUGAAAGGGUUCUAGCCGAGUUAGAAGAUGUAAAAUCAGAGGCAGAGUUGCUGAAAAAGCAGUUAUCCAGUGAGAGACUUACAAUUCAGAACCUUGAAACAUUGCUGGCUGCUAGUAGAGAUAAAGAAUUUCAGAACCACUUAACAUCCCAUGAGAAAGAUUCAGAAAUUCAGUUACUGAAAGACAAGCUAACACUCGCCGAGAGCAAACUAAGCAGUCAUAACAGAGAAGUUUCCAUACUUCGAAGUAAAGUUGCGCAGCUGCAGACUGACUAUGAUGUUUUGAAAAGACAGCUAACAACUGAACGAUUUGAACGAGAGCGUGCAAUUCAGGAGAUGCGUCGACAUGGCCUUUCUACAUCAUCGUUACGUGCUUCACCUCCUCUCAGUUCAACGUUAAGGUCUCCUUCACGUUCUCCAGAGCGUGCAACUGUAAGGACAGCUGAUCGAGCAGUACCUGAAAAAAAUGUGAGCUUCAAGGAAUAACCAAUACUUAAGCAAUAGAAGCAUUACCUUGUUACACGGACUUAUUUUUUUAAAUUUUGAAGGCUGACAUGUAUUCUACCUCUGAGUUUUCUUCAGAUCAGUUAUUACAUUUGAAAUUUGUGAAAACCUGUGAAAUAAUCAGCUUUGCAAAAUUCUACUUUUCCUGUUAUCUGGGUUGACUAGAUUUUUGCUUGCUUUUUUGAUCUUUUUUUCGUUGUGGUUUUUAUUUUCUGUAUCAAGACUGGCUAAGCUUUGUGACUAUUUUGCAAACCUGAUGUAAUAAUUAUAAGAAGGAAACAAGUACUUGAUAGGACAGCCUCUUGUUUUCAUUUUCCUGUUUUACUUCUAUUUGCUUAUCUUAUAUGGUUACAGAGGUUCAUCUUACAGUAUGAACUAACAUUGGAGAACAUGCUUAUUUAUAUUAAAAAAUGCUGAGCCAGUAUAUAUGUAUACUGAUGAUGGUGUCCUGUGUAUUUGUGCUUUUAACAAGUGUUUUUGUUUACAUAUCGUUACUUUUAAACACCAUGAAGAAUGCCAAUAUAUUUUGUGAAUGCGUAUUGUUUACUGUAGAUUUUUCUUAAAAAAUAGAUCCAUUAUUUAUAAAUGUUUUUGACAUGUAAUAGAAUUACUCAUCUGCUUUUCUUUAAUGUUUUUGUGAAAAUGAAUUUUUAAAUAUUUUCCCAAUAUUAAAUGAAAAUGAAAGAAAACGAUAUUUUUAGAAAGUUUUGAAAUUCUUCAAAUAUUAUAAAAAAAUAAUUCUAAAGUAUUUUAUAUUCACAUUUCCAAAUCAUAUCUGGAGAUAUUUUUCAAAUUUUCUUUUUAAAAGAUCAGAACAAAAUCUGGAAUCCUUCACACAGUUGAGCUCAAGCUGUUAGAGAGGUGACACAGGUCUUUACGUUAUGACACACAUUAGGUAAGUGCAGUGACAACUAAUCUUUAAAAUAGCUGAUAUACUUAGCGGAGGAGAACAGCAGAUUUAGACUAUGAAGUCAGAUGCAACUAGCAUUCAGAAUCUAAUGAUAAACUGCUAAAGUCCAUCUGUACAGAUGAUUGUAGAUCAGAUCAUUAUUCUCAAAUGUUUCUUUUCUGAUGACUGUGUGCUGUUCAGGUUGAUAUAAUGUCUAUUGAUUGGUGUUAUGCAGAGGUCUAGAAGUGGGAAAGGUAUACUGUUGUUCAUCCUUGCAUUGACAAUUAGUAGUGUUCUACUUGCUGCACUUUGAAUAAAAAACUGUGAUCACCAGCUAAAAUUACAAGCAUCUUUAAUAUGUAAGCAACAUAUUAAAUGAUGUGAAAGAAUUUUUUUUUACUUCUAUAUUUUGUCUAUUUUGCACCAAGAUUGUUACAGUUAUAAAUUAAUAAAGAAUAAUGUAUUAACUGGAA